CGAAGGAGAGGAAGAGAGUCAGCAGGAGUGACUUUCCAGGGCCGCCUGGACGCAGCUCUUCUCGGCUGCAAAACUCGCUGGGAGGAAGGCGAGGAAGCUGGGCGUGAGACGGGCGGCUGUCCUCAGGGUUGGAGGCUGCCCUGCGGGGAGAAGGAGCCUGGCAGGCCCCUGUGCAGUGUGCUGAUCCAGAGCUCAGGCUUCCUGUGGGCAUCCGACCCUGAGCCAUUCAGGGACGAGCGUUUCCUUUCAGAAAGUUUAGGAGAGCCUCCUUCAUGGAACAUCUGUGUUCUGUUUGUCUCCGUUGUGUGCUUUUCAGCCGAGGGCUUUCAGAGCACUUCUUUAGACCACCAUCUAUACUGGUGCAAGUUCUUUAGCCAAGAGGAGGCUACGCCUAGUGUAGGGCGCCAUAGAAACUCUCCAAACGAGAGUGCUUUCCUGCUAGGAUACGCAGAAAACUUAUAGCCCAGCUUUGAUUAAAGAUGACUUCCUUGUUUACUCAAGAAAUUCACCUUUCUAAAAGACAUGAGGAAAUAGUAUCACAAAGAUUAGUGUUGCUUCAGAAAAUGAAAAAUAAAUUUGGAGAUCAAAACACAGAAAGGGCAUCUCUCCUCCAAGCCGCUGAGACUGCUUCUCGAAGGAACCUCCAGCUCUUGCAGGACAUAGAUGAUGCAGAGAAGACUUUUCAGAGCAAACUUACCCAACACUCACAGCCUGCGAUGCUUUCUCUUGAGACUCGUUACUGGGCAUCAGUAGAAGAACAUGUCCCUGAAUGGGAACCGUUUCUCUUAGGAAGAGAGCUGUAUCCAAUUGGGACUGCAAAUCAAAAUGAGGCACCAUUCGUUCAAAACGAGGCAAAAUCAUAACAUAUUCAUAUGCUCUCAAAAAAAAACCCUAUUUGAUAAAUCUAUGUAAGUCAUGACAGAACUUAGGGAAAAAGUGUUAUUUGUUAUCAUUUUCUAUUGUUUCAUUGCUUCCUCGGCAGCAACAUCUGUAUGAGAGUCCUCUUGAAAAUCCCAGGCUAGACCCUUGGUCUGUGGUCAUAGAUUUGCCAAGAAAAGUGUUAAAAAUUAGUGGUAAGGCAGAAUGUUUGUUAAAGAUGGUAUUAAAUCAGUGUUGUGUUUGCUUAAAACACGAACCCUCAUUCUCAACUAGACAGGUUGGCAGCUGGUAUCCUAAAGUCGUAGUUUCCCAUCAUCCACUAUGGGAACAGGAGCAGGAACAAGGCGCUGGCUUGCUUACGUGAAAGUCCAUCAUGCUUAGCUGCUCUUGUUCAAUACUAGUUAUCAGCAAAUGGAUCCACAGGGUUAUGUGCCUCAGACAGACUUCUCCAAGUCCUUACUUAUAAAGCAUUCAAUAUGUAGCCAGUUUCGGGAAGGCUUGGGUUGGUUUUGAAAAAGAUCUAUGAGAGCUGGGAAUGGCUACUGAAUUCUGACAGGCUUAUUUGAAGACUACCAACCUUGUGAAAACAAAUACCCCUCCCUCGAUGCUAUCUGUCAACUCGCCCUCCCCCUCCUUUCUAUUAACGUUAUCUCUAAUACUUAAAACUAAAACAAAUAAACUUGGAAAACUGUGGGUCACAACCCUCAGCAGA